UAAUAAAUAAAUAAAUAAAUCUCCAGAGAAAUCAUUGGUUCAUCGCAUUGGCUGCCUGUCCUCAUCUCCUCUCCACUUCAUUCUCAUCAUCCCCGUCGUUUCUGUUUCCACCAGCAAUGUCCGGGAACUCCCGCUGCAACAUCUACAUAGGGAAUUUGGAUGAGAGAGUGAGCGAGAGAGUUCUGUAUGAUAUUUUAAUACAAGCAGGGAGAGUGGUGGAUUUGUAUAUUCCACGAGACAAAGAAACUGAUAAGCCAAAAGGUUAUGCAUUUGCUGAAUACGAAUCGCAGGAGAUUGCUGACUAUGCUAUCAAACUUUUUAAUGGACUUGUCACUCUCUAUAAUCGGACUCUUAGAUUUGCUUUUUCUGGGCAAGACAAGAAUUCUCAAAAUUCGUCUGCAACAGUCACUCCAUCUUCUCGUAAAUCUAGGACUGACCCUAUACCUCUACGAGUUAGCAAUAUGGAAAUUUCUCCUCAGUCGACAAGGAUAUCAGCACCCUUUAGGAUAUCAACUAACCCUGCUAGCAUUUUUUCUCCUGAAGAGCCGCCUCCACCUGGUGUAACUGUAACACACCAGAGUAAUGAGGAUGGAACACAUAUCAGUGGUGGCAAUUAUGAGUGCAGUCGAAGGGUUUUUGGCUCAACAUUGGAUAGUAUUAACCACUCUAGAUCUCGCCGCUAUGACUCAAGUAUGACGAGUGGUACAGUUGCAUUGAGUACAUGCAAUUGGAAGACUGGAAAAUAUUGUCAGAGACUUGAAGAAUUUCUGGUGGCUGCAAGCUGCUCCUGCAUUGCUAGCUUAAUCCAUGGCUGUGCUUUUCAGGUGCUUCCCGCACCAGUACAGAAUGAAGUGUAGCAGCUGCAGCGUGUGAGCAUUAGGCCAGUGUGCUGCUUCUAUCCUGAUGAUGUUUUGUUGGCAUGUAUGUAUGGCAAAAACUUUAUGGUUAAUCUCUACAGUUAAAGAGUCUUGAGGCCUUAGAUGAUGAAGCGGUUGGUUUUUCUCUUAACUGGUUUUGACAUCAGUUACUGUAUGAGAAUGGUAUUAAAAGUUAUGGUAGUUUUGGGGAGAAGAAAGGUGAUGGGAAUCUCAAGUUUGAGAAUGCCGAGUCAAUCAACCGCCAUAUGAGAUGCAUUUUCAUCACCUCGAUGAAGCUAGCAACAAUUCAUCUUGUUGCCUUACGGACAGGUUUGGAGCAAGAUUGAUUAUAGUAGCUCGUAUCCUUGUAAGAUUACUCCAUUAUUUGGGAAUUCUAGGUAAUGACAAAAAUAAUACGAGUAUAAAGGACGAAUUUAAUUGGUAAAUCUGUUGGUUACACUUGUGAGAAAGAUCACAGGCCUAGCAAAAUUAAAAAUCAAACAGUUAAACAAAAGGAGUUCACAUACGGAAGUGAAGGUUCUCGAAUUAUGGAGAGAGUUUUUCAUUGAGAAAAAGAACCAAAACUCUACCUGUUACAUAUUUUUACGAGUUUUAACACGCCCCUGGGACAAUCACUGAAGACCCUCUUAGUUGUUUACAAAUUCUCACACCAUCCUCCUGGUUUGAUGUUUGGUCCAACGGCUCUAUUUGUACGCAUGUACCAACCAACAUGCCCCCUUAAAGCUAAAGCAUCUUUGAUUUAGUACUUUUAAGUUUAUUCUUCUACAGGCUUCUCCAAUAGUUGUAUGCUAUUACCCACUUUGAAUGCUUUAAUUUGCUGUUAAUACUUGGCGAUCUAUUUCUCC